GUAGCGCGUUGUACAGACCUUUUAGGGACACCCUGUAUACAGUGAUUUUGAUUAAGAAGUAGACAGGGUUUUACGUGUAUUAUUUUCCCUAUGUCUACUUUUAAAUGACGGCUCAUGACAAGCUCAUUUAAAUCAGUCGAACGGGUAUUUUUUAUCUUUUGUCUCGCCUAAUUCGAGUGUGCUGUCUACAUACCUUUAGGGCCCACAGUAUAUAAUUGUCAAUUGUGUAGCUGCUAUUUAAAAUAGUUAUCUAUUGUCAGUUUAUGCCAAAAUGUUUUGUAAAAUACAAUACCAAGAUAAUAUUCAAACUGAAGAGCAAACAACAAUAAUCCACUCUCAACAGUCAAUUAUGUCUGUGAAAGAAGAAAACAAAGAAUUUUUGGUUAAUCCUAAUAGUCCUGUGCAAAUAUUAAUUGAUUACAUAUGCGAAAAAGUUGGAAUCGAUAAAAAUGAGGAAUUUGAUAUUUGUGAUGUAGACACAGGGGAAUUAUUAAAUAUAAAAUCUUUAGAUGCAUUUACUUAUGCAACUACCGUUAUGAAACCAAAGCAAACCUAUGUUUUAGUGCUUUUGGAGAAAGACCAAUAUGGACAAAUACAAAGAUAUGACCCUAUACUUUGCAAACAGACAAAGCUGUGUGUAGAUGUUUUAUACCGCAUUAAGAGAAGGUCAGGAAGGAAAUCCAGUGCAUCGAAAGAAUUACGUCGUAGUCUAAAUAGGAGAAGAUCUAGCAAUUCCGCCGAUUCAUCAGAUUUUGACCAAAAAACCAUGACACAUAGCUCACGAAGUAAAAAAGAAGUAAUCUAAACAAUAAAUUUAAUAAACA